CCAGCUCUAAACUGAGCGGCUCCUCGGGCGCACCAUGGCACAUUAAUAGUGUGCAGAGCGCGCCCGGGAGCCCAACACCCCCGCUCCGCCCAGGACCCGACUGCGGGUCCUGCCCGGCACAGCCCAGCACAGCCUGGCAUCCUCCACUUUCAGCCCUCGGGGGCCAGCUCUGUGGGGCCCCCUCGCCUGCCUCCUCCUUCUCCUUCUCUUUUCCUCCUCUGCUUUCUCGCCGCCUCCUCUUGCUGCUGCUGCCACCGCCGCAGCUAGGGAGCCUUUGCUGACAAACAGGUGACAGAAGAGACGGGAGUGUGUGCAUGUGUGUGUGUAUGUGCAUGUAUAUUUGUGUGCGCGCGCGCGUGCGUGUGAGUGUGUGCGUGUGUGUACAUACACCGCACAGAUCCCGCGUCCCGGAACCACGGCCAGAACCCAGAGGAAUAAGCCGCUCCUCUCGCCUCUUCUCCGGGGUCCUGCGAAACGUUUUAAACGCUUAGAAAAGAAAGAAAAGAAAUUGAUCCCCAUCCUCCGGGGCAGCCCGGCCCGAGCCCCGCCGGGGUUCGCGUGUUGUCUCCUGGUCUCGGGGAAUAGAGCAGCAGACCAAGCCUCCUGGACCCCCGAGUUCACAGCUAGCCCCGUGUCUGCGCCCCAUGGAUAUAGCAACAGGUCCCGAGUCUCUGGAGAGGUGCUUCCCCCGUGGACAGACCGAUUGCACUAAGAUGCUGGACGGCAUCAAGAUGGAAGAACACGCCCUUCGCCCCGGGCCCGCCACCUUGGGGGUGCUCCUGGGCUCCGACUGCCCGCAUCCCGCCGUCUGCGAGGGCUGCCAGCGGCCCAUCUCGGAUCGUUUCCUGAUGCGAGUGAACGAGUCGUCCUGGCACGAGGAGUGUUUGCAGUGCGCUGCGUGUCAGCAAGCUCUCACCACCAGCUGCUACUUCCGGGAUCGGAAACUCUACUGCAAACAGGACUACCAACAACUUUUUGCAGCCAAGUGCAGCGGCUGCAUGGAGAAGAUUGCACCCACGGAGUUCGUCAUGCGGGCCCUCGAAUGCGUGUACCACCUCAGCUGCUUCUGCUGCUGCGUGUGCGAGAGGCAGCUUCGGAAAGGUGAUGAAUUUGUGCUCAAGGAGGGCCAGCUGCUCUGCAAGAGUGACUAUGAGAAAGAGAAAGAUUUGCUCAGCUCUGUGAGCCCGGAUGAGUCAGACUCUGUGAAAAGCGAUGAGGAAGAUGGUGAUGUGAAGCCAGCCAAAGGCCAGGGAGGCCAGGGCAAAGGCAGUGAUGAUGGGAAGGACCCAAGGAGGCCGAAGCGGCGGACCAUCCUCACCACGCAGCAGAGGAGAGCGUUCAAGGCCUCCUUUGAAGUUUCCUCCAAGCCCUGUCGAAAGGUCAGAGAGACACUCGCCGCUGAAACAGGGCUCAGCGUCCGCGUGGUCCAGGUCUGGUUCCAGAACCAGAGAGCCAAGAUGAAGAAGCUGGCGAGAAGACACCAGCAGCAGCAGGAGCAGCAGAACUCACAGCGGCUGGGGCAAGAGGUCCUGUCUAAUCGAAUGGAAGGAAUGAUGGCAUCAUACACACCACUGGCCCCACCCCAACAGCCCAUUGUUGCCAUGGAACAGAGUACCUACGGUAGCAGCGACCCUUUCCAGCAGGGCCUCACGCCUCCUCAAAUGCCAGGUGACCACAUGAACCCCUAUGGAAACGACUCCAUUUUCCACGACAUUGACAGUGAUACCUCCUUAACGAGUCUGAGCGACUGUUUCCUGGGCUCCUCCGACGUGGGCUCCCUCCAGGCACGAGUAGGGAACCCCAUCGACAGGCUCUACUCCAUGCAGAGUUCCUACUUCGCAUCCUGAGAGAGAAUGGAGCCCCAGGGCUGGCCGGAGGGUAGAGGAGGUGGGCAGGCCAGCCGUGCUGCCCAGACAGACUCAACAGCCAUAUGGUGCCCAGCCCUCCCAACUGGCCUGGCCCCUCUUGGCCAGGCCCCUCCCAGCCACUGUGGCUCCUUCAGGUCCUGGCCCAGCCCAUGUGGCUCCUGGGGUUUCCAAGCCCAUCUUCUGUGGCUCCCACCUGGGUUGCCUCAAACAGGGGCACGGAGGAGCCUGGGCCUGGGGGGCUUUUCUUGCCGAUAGAGACCUAUCGCCCUAAAGGAACCCCCAGGCAGGGCACAUGGACAGACUGGCCACCUGCCCCUCUGCCUCCCCCUCAACACUCUCCUCUGCCCUCAGAUCCCUCCCAGAGGGCUUCCUCUUCCUCCUCCCAGUCGUCCUCAUCCUCCUCUUCCCGGUCUUUUUUUGGAAGCUUAAAUUCGAUAUAUUUUUUUAAACCCCUACCCCUCAUGAAUGACACCUGCUGUGGCCCUGCUCCCCCAGCAAAGGCCCUGCCCCCAAGAGAAUCCCCUUCCCUGGCAGAGGCCCUACCCCACACUGCAUGCCCCAGAACUCUUAAUUGUGGACAAGUUGCCAGUUAGCCUGUGAGAAGUGAACGUAUCUGUGAUGAGUGGCUUGGUUUCCUAUCUCUCCUUCCUCAUCUCCUUCCCCCUGCCAGGGUCAGGCCUGGCGAGGGCAGAGGCUGGUAUGCUGGGCCAGAGAAGUCUAGGCCUUCAGGCUUCUCUCUCUACGUUUUCCGUUUGGAGACAUCACUGGCUCUGUAUCCUGUAAAGCUGCCCCUUUGGGGAUACAACAGAGAUGGGAGGCGGGGCAGGUUCCCAGCAGGGGCAUUUCAGAGGUGCUUUCCCUCCCCUUCCCUCUCUCCAGGCCCCACCCCGCCCCAGCCACCAACAAAGCCUCACCUCUGAAAAAGCCUGCCUUGUUUCCAGAAGGCUACUGGGACAUUGUGUGUGAGGACCACUGGCACCCCUUUGCAUUAGGUCUAGAAUGUUAGAGCUGAAAAGGACCUAAAAAAUCACAGCCCAGCCCACUUCAUUUUACCAAGGAGGAAACUGAGACCCAGAGAUGAGAAGUAACUUCACCAUAUAGGGAGUGAGUGGCCCAGUAGGGCCUAGAGCCCAGAUAUUCUUGACACCCUGUACCACAUCGUCUCCCCUUCCUCAAUCCUCAGUGGGUACGGAGGCGUGGUGAUUUCCCAAGGACUUGUCAGUGUAUGGGCAGAGUUAAAGGACAGGAAGCAGGAGGGAGCUUUGUGGGAGGAUAGGUGGACUUAGGCUACCUGAGGCCAUAGGGUUUAGGUAAUGGAGGACCUGGACCGCUCACUCCAAAGGAACACAGCUUUUCCCUUUGCCUUCCCUUCUCCCUGCAAUGUCUCCUCCUUUUUCUCAGCCUUGCCCCCAUUUUCUCAGUUUACAAACCUGAAACAAAAUUCCUGGCCCCUAGGGAGGAAUAUCCCAGCUGGGAAGGACCCUGGGAGCUACAAAGAGACUGAAUGAUGACCUCACACUCACAGCCCACCUUUCCCCAGCAGGGAAAAACUCAAUUUAGAAACAGCAUGGGGGGAAUUCAAGAUCCUUGGCAACAGGAAGGGCCUACCAGGAAAUACACAUAAGAUUCCUUCCCAUCACCCUCUACCUGUCUGCCUGAUCUCUAAGAAGAGGAGCUAGGGAGGGAUAGGGGAGAGGUAGGGGGCUGAGGAGGAGGGGAAGGGCAGGAGCAAGCCACAGCUCUGAGGAAAGGGCAGUGACCUAGCAUUCACAUUUCUUCACUGAAGUCUUCCAGCCUGGCAUGGAGGGAGUAUUAGAAAAGGGAGAGGCAAAUCUUGUGGCUUGAGUAUUUCAGGCUUCAACCUACCAGACAGUGACAGAGAAGAAUGAGCCAGCUUGGAGGACAAAGAAAGAGACACAUUCUUCAGGAAGAAACCUGGGGGACAGGGAGAAACCUGGGACACAGAACCUCAGAACUGGAUGGGACUUCAAAGGACAUCUAGUCCAACUCCUUUCUGAACGGGAAUCCCCACUUCACUACCUCCUCCUUAUUAGGAAUUUUUUCUUUAAAUUUUUCUCUUUGUAAUUUCCACGCAUUGCUCCUCGUUCUAUUGCCAAACAGGAGAAUCUAAUUCCUCUUCCAAUGAGAGCACUCCAAGUACUUGAAGACAGCUAUUGUGUCCCCCCCUCCCCCUCCCCUUUCCCAAGUCUUCUUCAGACUAAAAAUCCCUUGUUCCUUCAGUGAAUCCUUCCAUGGCAUGGUCUCCAGUCCCCUCAGCAUCCUGUUCACCAUCCUCUGAAUGUGCUUGUCAAUGUCUCUUCUAAAAUGUGGCAUUCUGAACCAGACACAAUACCCAUGUGUAGUCUGACCACGGCAGAGGGCUAUGACCUCCCUUUUUUUUUUUCCAACACUGGGCUUCCCUUUAUUCAGCGUCAGGAGGAAUUAGCCAUAUUGUCUACGAUGUCACUCUGACUUAUAUCGAGCUUGCAGUCCAAUAAACCCCACCAGUCUUUUUACACACACACACACACACACACACACACACACACACACACACACACACACACACACACACAGCCAACCAAUCACCUCUCCUUCUGUUGCACUUGGAAAGUUGAUUUCUUUUUAACCCCAAAAAGGAACUUUCUCUUUAUUAAAUUUCAUCUUAUUAGAUUUGGCUCAGUGUUCUAUGUCUUUUCUGGGAUACUGACUGUGUGAUACAGUAUUACUUCUCCCUCCCAGCUCUGCCAGCUUUGAGUUUGAUCAUCUAUUGAUUCAUUCAAAUCACUGAUAAAAAUGACAAAUAGCAUAGGGCCAAGGACAGAGCUCAAGAGCUUUCCACUAGGGACCUCUCUCCAUGCUGACAUCCAUUAAUGAUGAUUCUUUGGGUUUUGUUAUUCAACCAUUUUAAAAUUCAAAGUGUACUAGCAUUCUAUCUUUUCUCAAAUGUUUUGGGGAAAAUCCAAGAACACUAUACUCAUGGCAUUCCCCAGAUCCACCCACCUACUAACCCUAAAGAAAGAAAAGAAAAUGGUCUAAGUCAGAUAUGACCUAUUUUUGAUGAAUCCUUGCUGACUCCUUUUCUAAAAUCUCAAUUCAACAAACAUUUGUUAAGUGCCUACAGUAUACUGUGCUAAGCAUUAGGGAUGCAAAGGGGAAAAAAUGACAAAGAGUUCUUGCCCUCAUGGUGCUUACUUUCUAGUGGCUCAUCAACCAACCUUUUAGUAAUAUGUUCUAAAACUUUGCUAGCACCUAAAUUUAACAUUACUUCCCUCGAGUUAACAGAUCUUAACCUUUUCCCUUUAAAAAAAAUGGAAUAUUUGCCUAUCUCUGGGCCUGUGUAGUUUUCUCAUCCUCCAAGAUCUCUUAACAAUCACCAGCAGUGAUUCAGUAAUUCUAUUCUCCAGGUCUUUCAGUAGCCCAAAUGUAUGUCUUCUGGGCCUCAUAACUUGAGCCCAAGGAGAGCAGCUUGAUAAUCUCUUUUUAAAAUUAGUGGUUUUUAUAUCACUUUCGUUUCUGAAUAUAUCCCUACCUACUCCCUGCCACAGUAAGCCAGCCUUUGAAACAAGGAAUAAAAAAGAAAGAGGAGGGGAAAAGCAAUUCUGUAGAACUAACCAAUUUAUCAGUCUAUUCUCACAGUAUACACAAGGGCUGAACCUGAAGUCUGUAAAACCUGAGUUCAAAUCCAGCCUCAAAUACUUAACUAGCAGUGUGACCCUGGGCAAGUCACUUCACCUGCCUGCCUCCAGUUAUUCUACUAUAACAUGGGUAUAAUAACAGCACCUACCUCUCAGGGCUGUCGUGAGGAUCAAAUGUGAUAAUAUUUAUAAAAUACUUAGCACAGCUCCUGGCUCAUAGUAGGUGCUUAAUAAAUGCUUGUUUCUUUCCUUGCAGAGUUUCCCAGUUUAUCUAAGGACAGGAGAUGCACUUGUCUCUUCUCUUUUCUUUUCUAGAGCUGCUAAUCUUAGUCAUUAUAAUUACACAGUGUUUGUUUUUACAGUUCUGUUCUUUAGCUAGGUAUUCUCUGACCAUCCUGCUUAUCUUCAAUUCCAACUUCCUGCUAACCAUUUUUGUCACAUUCUUCCUAGGUCAUUAUUCUUGGUAGGAAAAAAAAACCCCAUCAGUAAAGUCAGCUCUAAUCUCUCUUUAUCAUCUAUUAUCAUCAUCUAUUUUUUCCUAAGCAGACUUGGAUCCUAUCCCAUCUUGAAUCUUCUCCCAACAAAGCUUUAUAAAAAGUCUUCACCACUCUUUUGUGUUAUCCUUUGCUUUCAUCACCAGCUUCAGCUCAUUUGGGGUUUUAAGGCUUGUAACCCUGUUCUUACCCAACUGUGUUACUCUUUUGUAUUCAUUCUCAAGUAGCUGUCCUUGCUUUUGAGAGUUAUAGGAUCAUAGGUCCUGUGUAUCCUAGAUCUGAAAGGGGAGGCUAACCCACUCAUUCUACAAAUUGGUAAACUGAGAUCCAGAUAGGUAAAGGGAUUUACCCAAGGUCAGCCAAGUGGCAAAUGGCAGGUCCCUUAAUUCCAAAACUAGUAAGAGUAUCACACUUCUAUCUUCUAUACAAGGUUUUUUUUAAAUGUAGGGUAGUUUAUGAGUUCCCAAUGCAUCCACAUUCAUCUCUAGACAAUUUCUUCUUUUCUCCUUAAUUGGAAUCAAUUUUGGUUUUGUCUUCAAGGUAUCAUUCUUAAGAGCUUCCCAUUUCUCUAGGGAUGACUUCUCUGGCCUGGGACAUGGUGGGAGAAAAGACAGGUGGCAGAUCUGGGAGACAGAGAAAAGGAGGGAGAGACUUAGGAAGAAACUUGGUGAUUCGGACAAGGAAGAUACCAAGGGCCUGAAACACAAUGCUUUCCUUGGCAUGGGCAGAUCUGCCUUGGCACACCCUAAGCAGUGAGAAAUCCAGCACAACCUUGGAGAGUCUGGCUCCAAAUUAAGCAAUACAACUUCAUUAGCUACUUGCCUUGCCUCAAGGCUUUGCCAGAUCAGGUCUAUCCUAGGGCCUGGAGUCACUUUCAUAUAUCUUUUGAAUAUAAGCUAAGUAUGUGGAGGAACUCAGGAGGGAUAUCAGAAUGCCACUUGUUAUAGGCAUCUCCCUAGGAUCAUAACAUUUAGAGCUGGAAAGGACCUCAGAGGUUAAUUAGUCCAAUUCCCUCAUGUUACAAAUGAGCAAACAGGCUUAGAGGGAGUGACUUGGGUAAGGUCACACAGGUAGAAAGUAGCCAAGCCCACAUCCUCUUUCUCCAAAUCUAAUGCUUUUUCCACUAUACCAUAUUCCUAGUUCUGGUUCCAGUUAGGCUAGGGUCCUACUCUUUCUUCAGCCUCUGCCCAGAGAUACAACCAAAGAAUGACCUCAGCCAGGCUGAGGUGGCAGAAUCCAUGUGGUAUGGGGUUGGGGGACAUCUUUCUCUAUUCUAAGAGUCUUGUUCUUGCUCAGUCCUGGGCCUCAGCCCUGCUCCUUGAGGACAGACCUAUGGAAGAGAGAACCAAAAUGUUGUUAGGCUAAGAGAUCCUUCAGGUCUCCUAGUUCAAUAUUCUCCUUUUAUGGAGGAAGAGAUUGAGUGCAACAAGAACAUGGAUUUGCCCAAGGUCAAAUACCUAGUUGGUAGUAAGUAGACCCCAUGUCUUCUGACUCAAACUCUAGUGCCCUUUUCACCAAAAAUUAUGGUACCUGUACCUAAUAUAGGCCCAGCAUUUCCAUAGGUAUUUCAGGGAACGGAGCAUCAGGGUUUUUGCCCUUACAGGUCUACGGCCCAGCUGGGGAAGCAAGACUGGAAAGCAAGACCAUCCUUUAUGAAACAAUUUGCAAAUGUUAGAUGACAGUAUGAUGUCGUGAUGAACUGUGCAAUGCAAAAACUAAGUACUGUAGAAGGGGGGGGUGCGAGUGGUCAGGAAAGACUUCAUGUAGGCAGGGAGGUGGGAAUUAAGUUAGGCCUUGAAAGUGGGGGAAGAAGCAGGAAAUGUGGGGUGCAGAGGGGACUGAGAAGCACUGAGAGAGAAAUGAACAUGGCCAGUAUGUUUGACAACGGGGAAAUCAGUCUGGCUGGAGCCAGGAAUUUACACUGAGGAGUGGGGGGAGCCACUGAGCCUUCUGGGGAGAGGGAGAGGGAGGGGAGUGGAGUCUGCUGGCCUAGCCUCAUUCUGUCUAUCUUAAGAACCUUUGUAUAGACAUGGGAAUAUGUGGGGAAAGCCACUUCCUGUUUCUUCCUCCUUCCUGUCUCACCAUCAAUAGGAGGAGCCUGGGAACUAGAUGAGAGGGUCUUAGCAAAGACAGUAUAGAAGCCCUGUGCCCUGGAUGGUGGCACUAGAAUCUGCUAUCUACAACUCCAGAAGAUUGAUGUUGCCCUAGGGCAUCUACUUUGUACUUUAGCUCAAUGCCACUUUGAACUGGACAUUCUUGGGAGGCUCACUGCCUCCAUAUGAGCCCUGCCCUGGCAUCAGGGUGGUUAAUAUCCAUUCUCAGAAGAACCUUCCCCUGGGGAGGGAAAGGAAGAGAAGUUAAUGAGAGAUUGAGCCCUCUUGCCUUGCUUCUAACCUUGCCCGUCCCAUCCCCUUACCUGCCUCUGAUUCUCAGACCAAGGUACUUCUUAAUACCUCCCUGACCACUCCCACUAAGAAAGUUCUGCCUCUUCUCCAACCCAGACUCAGCCUCUCCACUUCCCCUUCCACUCCUGCCAGCCCAGAGAAAGGGUAGCAGCCUAGUUUCUUCUUGAGCUGACUGGGGGUGGGGGUCUGAGAUUCCUCUGAGACAGGAGUAGCCACUGAAAUAACUGGAUGAGAGGGCAGAAACAAAAAAGGCUAGGAAGGGCAUGAACCCUCACGCAUACAUGGGCACAUUCAUGAGCACACAUGCACAUAAUUAAACACCACCAUGAGCUCUUAUACAUUCCCAUCUACAGACACCACACAUAUACACAGACAUUCUCACACACAUACUUUAUGGGGUUAAACAGUGACUGCAAAGGGACUCCCGGUUAUUUAGGACUUUGGAAACUGACUUUUAAGAGACCAUCCUUGCUCUGGCCUCUGUCCUGUGGCUAUUCCCAUCUCUUUACUUGUCUUUGGCCCUCAUUAUUUUUCUCUUUCUGUCUCUUUUUCUAUGUCUGUCUCCCUCUCUAUCUCUCUGUCUCUGUCACUCUCUCUC